AUGGCCGGCUCGACUGAACCCGCUCCGGCACCCACAAGGGACGAGCGCAAAGCUUGUUGGUCGCAUCGAGAUGUCUAUUUUGCAUGCUUGACCCAAAAGGGAGUCAGGGUGCCUCCUGGUACCGACAUGAGCGAUGGCCGAGGUCCGAUCGGAAAGGCCGCCAAGGAAGAGCAAGAGGCACUCGAGAGGGAGAAGGCGUAUACCGCCGACGAAGCGCGGAAACAGGACCCAUGCCUGGAGGCGCGACAGGGAUACGAGGCCAACUGCGCCCGAAGCUGGGUCGACUACUUCAACAAGAGAAGGGUGCUGGAGCAGCGCCAAAAGAUGAUUUUGCGUCGCUCUCUGCGCACGCUCGGCACUUCCGAAGCAUUGGACUUGGCUCGGAUACAAGCGCACACACGCUGGCAUCCGUCGAUAUACUACUCCGACCGCGAUCGCUUGCCGGCACCAUUCGAGCUUGCCGUGCUGCCCUUCGGAGCUAUGCCCUCGCGUGAACGCUCGCUCGACGGGCGCUCGAGUGCAAGCAGCAGCAGCAGCAGAACCAGAUCAGCCUCCCCCGAUGAAGCCGCUGCGCUCAAACGCAAGAGACCCAUCAGCCGCUCGCCGUCUGCAGCCAGCACCGGGUCGUCUCGCUCGGUAUCCAGAUCGCGAUCGCCGCCACCGAGGUCACGCAGAAGAAAGUCAUCCAGAGGUCGCUCGCCCUCAUUCAGCAGCGAUGACGACGCGGACAAACGCGACGAGUCUGCUCGGGCAGCUGCAACGCAACAAACUGAGGCAAAGGCCAAGGAGGUGGCAGCCAAAGGCGAGGCGCUCCGCUCCACUUUGGCCAAACUCUCUGCCACCAAGGCCGGCGGAGCCUACAUCCCUCCCGCGCGCCUGAAGGCUUUGAUGGCAGAAGCAGCCGCAGCGGAUCCUGGAAGCGUCGAGUUCCAGCGUAUGAGCUGGGACGCGCUCAAGAAGAGCAUCACCGGCCUCGUCAACAAGGUCGCUGCCGAAAACAUCAAGACCAUCGUCGUCCAGCUCUUCGGCGGCUCCAACCUUAUCCGCGGUCGCGGUCUGUACUGCCGCUCCAUCAUGCGCGCACAGGCGCUCUCGCUAUCCUUCACGCCCGUCUUCGCCGCCCUCACCGCCGUCGUCAACACCAAGCUGCCCAUGGUCGGAGAGCUCCUCGUCAUUCGGCUCGUCUCGCAGUUCCGUCGAUCAUUCAAGCGCAACGACAAGACCGUCUGCAACUCGACCGCCAUGUUCAUUGCUCAUCUCGUCAAUCAGCGCGUCGUCCACGAGGUCCUGGCGCUCGAGAUCCUCGUCCUCCUGCUCGAACAGCCCACCGAUGAUAGCGUCGAGAUCGCCGUCGGUUUCAUGCGCGAGGUCGGCGCUUUCCUCGCCGAAGAGGCGCCCAAGGCCAACAACAGCAUCUUUGAUCGGUUCCGUGCAGUACUCUACGAGGGAGACAUCAGCAAGCGCGUGCAGUACAUGAUCGAGGUACUCUCUCAAGUGCGCCGCGACGGCUUCAAGGACAACCUGCGCAUCCCAGAAGCCCUCGACUUGGUCGAAGAGGACGACCAAAUCACGCAUUCCGUCAGUCUGGAUGAUCAGCUCAACGUCCAAGAGGGCCUCAACGUCUUCAAGAACGACCCGGAUUUUCUUGAAAAUGAGGAGCGCUACCGAGCUAUCAAGGCAGAGAUCCUGGGCGAAGAUGAUGGCAGCGACGACGGCGGAUCGGAUGCGGACUCCGAGACUGGUUCGAGCUCAGACGAGAGCGAGGCAGCCGACCCGGAUGCUGCACAGCGACAGCUCGAGAUUCACGACCGGACCGAGACCAACCUUACCAACCUGAGGAGAACCAUCUAUCUCACCAUCAUGUCCUCGCUCGACUUUGAAGAGAGCGUGCACAAGCUCCUCAAGCUCGAGAUUCCCGAAGGUCAAGACAUUGAGCUUUGCAACAUGAUCGUAGAGUGCUGCUCCCAGGAGCGCACCUACAGCAAGUUCUACGGCAACAUGGGCGAGCGCUUCUGCAAGCUCCAUCGCAAGUGGUCCGACAACUUCGAACAGAGCUUCCGCAACUACUACGACACCAUCCAUCGAUACGAGACCAACCGCCUCCGCAACAUCGCGCGCUUCUUCGGUCACCUCUAUUCGACCGACAGUGUGAGCUGGGCCGCGCUCUCCGUCAUCCACAUGAACGAAGAGGACACGACCAGCAGCUCGAGAAUCUUUGUCAAGAUCCUCUUUCAAGAGAUCCAGCAGCAGCUCAGCCUCAAGACGCUCGCCGAACGCUUCAGCGAGCCGAGCCUGCAGGAGCACUGGCAGGGGCUCUUCCCCAAGGACAAUCCGAAGAACACCCGUUUCUCCAUCAACUACUUCACCUCGAUCGGCAUGGGCGUGCUGACCGAGGACAUGCGCGAGCACCUCAAAAACGCACCCAAGAUCCUGCUUGCGCAAAGGCAGGCAGCGCUGGCGGCGAGGGGCUCCGAUGACAGCGACACCGACUCCUCCAGUGUGCUCUCGAGCAGCACUGGCUCCCGCAGUCGCAGCUCAUACUCGUCGCGCUCGUCAAGAUCAUAUUCUUCGAGGUCUCUCGCAGUCGCAGCCGUGACCGCAGCCGAAGACCUCGAGGCCGAAGCGUCAGCCGAAGUCGAUCGCGAAGCUUCACUCGUAGUCCAUCGCGUAGCCGCAGCAGGACGCCUAGUCCAAGGCGGCGUCGCGGACGUAGCCGCACCCGCUCGGCAUCCUACUCGUCCCGAUCACGAUCGUAUUCGCGGUCACGAUCGAGGUCGUACUCGCGGUCGACCUCACGUUCAAGAUCGUACUCACGACCGUCGCUACCGUUCCGCCUCGCGCUCGGAGCGAUCGUACUCAGAUGCCGAAGACCGCGAGCCGCGAUCGCGACCACUAUCUCGCGGAAGACGCGACUCUUUCUCGUCCCAAUCUCGCACGCCGUCGCCCAGAGAUCGACGCUAG